AUGGCGCACGAAACGACGCAUGUGAGCGCAGUGACACUGCUGCUAGGCGAUGAAGCACGUGAGAUCAUGAUGUGCUCGGGAUUGCCACUGCAAGAGCUACUGCAGUGUGUUGCUGCAGGGUUUCCAGGUGCUAACAAGGUGCCCGUAGCGGUGCGGCAUGCCACAAACCACAUCUGUUAUCCACUGUCAUUGCUAUGCCGCUCACCUGAGCUAUUCGAGAAUGCUGCAUUUCACCUUGUUCUUGAGAAAGAAUCGAUUGCAACUCAAGAAUUCGUAAGGAGAGGCAGCAAGCAUCGACAUCGAGCCCACCACAGCCGCAAGCGCGGCGCUAGGACACGCAAUACGCCUGAUCGACGCGAGAAUCAGAUAUUGACGACUUCUGACGUACAGGAUGAAGAUGCUGACAGUUUGCAGCACUUUGAGGCUGCGUCGACCGAGGACGAGCUGGAUCUCGACCUUUCGGACUUUGAGCUGCCACAACUUGUCAAUGUCUUUACACAAGCGUGUCCCACAGGUGCGUUGGACCGCAUAACGUUCAAUCGAUGUUUAGAGAAGAUUUUGUCGCAGUCCGGACGCUAUGAUCCACAGGCGAGAAAGAUGUUUACGAAGCUAUUUCAUAUCUUUGAAGAGCAAAGCGAAUGUCCAGAUACUGUUGACGUGGCUGAUUUUCUGGGUGGCGUUUCGGUUUUUGCGUGCGGAGAGCGUCAGGAAAAGAUUUCUUCUACGUUCGAACUAUACGAUGUGGACGGCGAUGGGUUUAUUACGAAGGAAGAGAUGACGAAAUAUUUGACAGCUGUGUUUCUAGUCAUUAAAGGAACGUCACCAAGGCAUUUUCAAGAUAAUAGUAUCAAUCCAGCGGAACUGGGGGUCGCGACGGCGAGCCAGUGUUUUGAUGAUUCGACUUUGAAUGAGGAGGGAAAGCUGUCAUACGAUGCUUUUCGGAAGUGGUAUAUGAAGCCUGGUCCUACACAGCUCAUUACUGCGGAGCGCGGCAGAGGAAGCGAAGAAACAAAACGUGAUAAUGACGUGCAACCAGAAGUUUUGGACGUGGGUACUUUGCGCGAAGUGACGGGUUUGGCCACUUUGAGCAUGUCGGACCUCUACGCUUUUCUGAAUGGUGCAUCUAAAGAAGCACUUACUCGCGCCGAAUUCAAAAGUUCUUUUAGUGCUCUUUUGAAAACCUUAAACCGAAAGGCAACCUAUGAGAUCGUGACGUUUCUAGAUCGGCUAUUUGAUGCUUUUGACGAGAACAAAAGCGAUUCGGUCGACUUCGUGGAGCUGUGCACCGGACUCUCUAUUCUGUGCGGUAGCUUAGAUGAAGAUAAAGUUGUAGCGGCUUUUUCGCUAAUCGACAGUGAUGGGGACGGGUAUAUUACGCAGCAGGAGUUGGAGACGUAUCUGAAGGCAGUAUUUAAAAUCAUUUACGAAACAACACCAGCAGCAAGGCAGCUCAUUGGUAUUGACGCUAAAAGGUUGGCUUAUUACACAGCGUUGCAAGCUUUUGAUGACUGGGAUAAAAAUAGGGAUGGAAAGCUAACGCUAAAAGAGUUCCAUAGCUGGUAUUGGGUUUAUGGAGACUACCAGCAAUCCAUGAUGAACUCACGUUCAGUGAUUCAAAAUCAGCCCGAGAGUAAUUCUAGCCAUUUUUUUGGGACGUCCGAUUUUGUUGCUUCGCUUACAGGACUGCGAGAUCGAGCAGCCAGCGAUGUGUUUGAACUUAUUGCGGCGAAAGUGAACGAAGAUGGAGUUUUGUCUCGCGAAGCUUUUUUUUCUAUUGUUGAUGAGCUUGUUGAAGAGAAUGUCGCAAAUACAAAUCGCUCGCUGAGUACCGAGGAAAAAGAUCAACUCCAGAAAAUUUUGGAGGCGGUAUUUGAUGGAUUUGAUACUGAUCACGAUGGUUUCGUCGAUUUUUGUGAAUUAUCUAGUGGUAUUUCAAUAUUAUGCUCAGGGUCACAACAGGAGAAAGUCAAGUCAACUUUCGAUCUGUUUGACAUCAACCAAGAUGGAUUUAUUUCUCGUGAUGAAAUGGAAACAUAUCUGGCUUCCGUAUAUCGAAUUAUUUUCAUGACUUCCCCCGAACUAACGCAACAUCUUUGCGGAAUUUCUCCAGAGGAACUUGCACAUAUUACAGCAGCGGAGGCGUUUAUUCUUGCUGAUGCAAACGAGGAUGGUCGUCUGAGUUUCGAUGAAUUUACAAAAUGGUACAGUACACAAGGCACAGCUCAGCGAAGUAGUGUGAAGUCACCUGUUCCAAACACUGAAGGUGACUUAUCUACUUCUAACGGCGCCACGACAUCCGCCAAAAUAUCUUUGAUUACUUCAAAAGACGCACUGAAUGAGAUGAAGGAGCUAACGAAUCUUGAUGCGUACGACGUAACCGAGAUCUUUGACUUCUUUCAGGCUGCAGCAGAUCAAAAUGGCAACGUUUCGCAACCACUUUUCAUGCGUUGUUUUAACAAGCUGCAAGCGAAAGACAGACAGCUCAGUCUUGAAAAACAAUUGAAAACUCAGAGUUUGUUAAAAGAAAUCUUUGAGCUUUUUGAUCCCAAUCAAAAUGGAACAGUUAACGUCCAGGAGCUUUGUGCUGGACUCUCGAUUCUCUGUGGCGGAAGUCGAGCCGACAGAGCGAAAUCAAUGUUCACAUUGUAUGAUGUUGAUCAUGAUGGAUUCGUUUCCCCCGAGGAGAUGGCUUUGUACUUGACAUCAGUUUUCAAAGUGCUGUUUAAGGCACACCCUGAGCUGCCGGCCAAGACUGAAAUGAUGCCGGAGCAGCUUGCCAAGUCCACUACGCGAGAAUGUUUUUUGGCUUUUGAUCAGAACCAGGACGGACUGUUGAGUUUUGAUGAGUUUCGAGUUUGGUUUGAGCAUCAAAAUUCGCACACUCGUCAAAAAGAAAAAUUAUCGGGUGCUACAAACGGUUACGAUUUAUCAAUACCGGUCGAGAUUGCGAAGAAGCUGUCCGGUCUAGAGAGAAUAUCUUUGGAGGAAAUGUCAAACAUUUUUGGCGCAGCAGUUGGUGGAGGUGAGCGGAUUUCGCGACGCAUUUUCGAUGAAUGCUUCUACACGCAAAUUUGUGGCAAGAUCAUUCCGUCGUUUUCAAAAGAUUACAGUACUCGCAUGCAAGUGAUUGAUCGACUUUUUACCGCAUUUGACACAGAGCAUAAGGGUAUCGCUAACAUGAAGGAGCUUUUAAGUGGAUUGUCUAUAUUAUGUCGCACAUCCACUCAAGAUGAAAAAGUCCUGGCUGCAUUUAAAAUUUAUGAUGCGAAUAAGGAUGGCGCUAUUUCGAAGAAUGAGAUGACGCACUACCUUGAAUCGGUAUUUAAGCUGCUUUUUGCAUUGGAUCCUACGCGUGAGCAGCAGCUUGGGACUUCAGCGAAUACUCUAGCUGUAGCGACAACAAGUGAAAUCUUCGAGGUUGCCGAUGUAAAUCAAGAUGGAGAACUGAAUUUUAAGGAAUUUCAGAGGUGGUACACCCGACCAGAACAUGUAUCUUUUAACGACAUUGCGGCUCCUCUAGACCUCGAUGAAGUGCGUCAAUUGACCAAUUUGGGAAAUGUUGAUGUGGUGGAGGUAUUUAAGCGGUUUGCUGAUCAUGCCGAUGCAAGAGGGAUGCUGAACCGAAGUUCUUUUACUAGGUGUUUAUUUGAAAUUGUCGAAUCAGCCAGCCCACGUACUCAAAUUGAAAAGAUGCGUGCAAAAUUGGUGGCAGGUCGCUUGUAUGCUGCAUUUGACCCUGACGGGAACGGGUCAGUUGACUUCAGAGAGCUGGCUAGCGGACUUACCGUUCUUUGCAACGGCGCACGGGACGUAAAAGUGAAAGAUGCACUACGUCUGUGCGAUUUGAAUGUUGAUGGUUUCAUCUCGCUUGACGAAAUGAAACGCUACCUGACAUCUAUCUUCAGGGUGCUUUACGAAGUACAGCCUAAGAUGAAGCGAGAAACUGGUGUAUCACCUGAUGAACUCGGCGUAGUUACAGCGGAGCAAGCAUUUUUCGAAGCGGAUUUGAAUCGCGAUGGACAGUUAAGUUACGAUGAGUUUCUGAGAUGGUACAACUCUCCAACGCAAGGAGGGAUAAGUAGCGUCGUGACAAAGAACGCUAUAGUCGAUUCGCCUCUGCAAUGGAUGCCACUUAGCGACUUGAAGCAACUGACGAAUCUUGCGCAGUAUGAACCGGAAGAAGUAUUUGAAAUUUUUGCCGGUGAAGCGGACGAAGAUGGUUAUUUGUCACGGGGCGCCUUUGAUGAAAGUUUUCGUAAGGUUAUCAACGGUCAGACUAUAAAUACCCGUGCAUCAGAUCCUGACACGCAAAACAAAAUGCAAACAGUUGUUGGUUGCCUCUUUGAUUUGUUUGAUAAAGAUAAAAAAGGUAUGGUGGACUUUGGAGAAAUUGCGAGCGGACUGUCAAUUCUUUGCGGAGGUACAGAAAUUCAAAAGGUAGAAGCAGCCUUUUCGCUUGUUGAUUUUAAUGGCGAUGGGUUCAUCUCCUUAGAUGAGAUGACUCGAUACCUUACAUCAGUGUUCCGCGUACUCUUUCAAGUAUCUCCGGAUACGCAGUCUCUUGGUAUUACUCCAGAGGAAUUAGGAGAAGUCACAGCUCAACAAGCGUUCGCCGAGGCUGAUCAAAAUCAUGACGGACAACUGACACUAAAAGAGUUCCAGCUAUGGUAUCAACGAUCGGGUAGUAUUGGUGAGGUGGCUAAGAACGUGAAGCAAUUAGUUAAUUUAGCAGAAGCUCGACAUGUACCCAACUUGCAGGCGCGCGUACCUAUGGAGGCACUAAACGCACUAGCGGAAUGCGUCGAUGAGCAGGGAUACGUGUCACGAAAGGCAUUUGAUCAUUUUUGUCAGCAUAUUAUUUCGUCAAUACAAGACACAAAAUUGGACGGAUACGAGCGAAUUGAUAUAUUUUUCAAUAGUAUUUUUAACCUGCUUGAUGUUGACAAAAAUGGAGUUGUCGACUUAAGCGAAAUCGUGAAUAGCCUUUCAGUAUUUUUCGGCUGCUUGUCGGAGGAAUUAACUCGUUCCGCAUUUUCGCUCUAUGAUUACAACGGCGAUGGGUACAUUUCAAUUGACGAAAUGACGCGACAUCUAACUUCUGUAUUUAGACUUUUGGUGGAGGCAUCACCAUCUAGGCUGCAACAUAUCAUCGGUGAUUCUCCCGAACAUUUGGCUGCGCGUACUGCUAAGCAAGCGUUUGAUGAAGCCGAUCUCGUUCAAGAAAAUCGCUUGAGUUAUCUAGAGUUUUGCAAGUGGUUUACACGAGCCAAUGUCGCCUACAUGUAUAGACUUUUCCAGAAUAAUAUUCCAGAAUGGUUUUCAUUGCGUGAAGUGCGGCGCCUGACCAAUCUUAAAUCGUUUUCGACUCAACAAGCUUUGAACACAUUCAGUAAACUUACCGCUGCAGACAACACCAUGGAUAGGGGGACAUUUCGACAGGCAUUUGGCCUUUUCGAGGUCGAGUCUGGGCAUAAACAUACCAAAGACAGGUUGCGCACGCUAGUGGACCGUAUAUUUGAUCUAUUUGACGCGGACAAGAAUGGUUUAGUUGAUUUUCAAGAGUUAGUGCGAGGGUUGUCGAUGCUUUGUAGAACACCUCACACUGAUGAGGUGCGCACUGCCUUUAAUUUGUAUGAUCUAAAUCAUGACGGAUACAUUUCGCUGGGUGAAAUGCGUCUGUACCUCACAGUUGUAUUUAAGGUACUUUUUGAGAUGAAGUCUGACAGUGAAGCAAGCAUGGGCGUGACACCCGAAGAAUUAGGCGUGAUCACAGCAGAGCAAGCUUUUGCCGAAGCGGACCAGGACAGGGAUGGAAAGCUUUCGUUUGCAGAAUUUCGUCAGUGGUUCAUGCAGUCAAAAGCAGUAGAAAAUGUUGGGCAAGUGGAUCAACAGCAUCAACAAGCGCGAACGGUUGAAGGAAAUGUGCCCGAGUGGGUCAGCCUGGAUGUGGUUAAACAUAUGACAAAUUUGGAGAAAUACACGGCAAACGAAGUCUUUGAAAUCUUUGCCAACCGUUGUUCAGAAGAUGGAACGUUGGGACGCGAGGCCUUUGAAGAGUGUUUUGAACAGCUUGUUGAUGAGCAGUAUAAAAUCGAUGAAGUUAGCCUGGCACGAUUGCGACUAAUUUUAAACAGACUUUUCGUUAUCUUUGAUGAGGAUAACAGUGGCACUGUCGAUUUCUGUGAGCUGAGUAGUGGGUUAUCGGUACUUUGUGCCGGAUCUCGGGAGGAAAAAGUACGGGCAGCUUUUUCACUUUAUGAUCUCAAUCAAGAUGGAUUUAUCGCUUUGGAUGAAAUGGUACGCUAUUUGGCCAGUGUGUUCAAGGUUUUGUACGAGGCUAGCCCAGGAACUGAUGUAAAACUGGGGGUGCAGCCGAAGGAGUUGGCGAAAAUCACGGCAGAACAAUGCUUUCUGGAAGCAGACCUGAACAAAGAUGGGAAACUUAGUUUUGAUGAGUUUGUCGCCUGGUACUCGAAGUCAGCAGAAUUUAUAAAACCUGCAGCAGCUGCGACUAGCAUUUUUGGUCAGCAGUUAAUUGAAGAUAUAGCUACUGAAGAUCUCACGUGCGCGCGACCUAGAGAUGACUCACCUUCUCGAGAGCUCAUUCGAGCCACAAUGACACCCGAAUCACCGAGGAGAACGGUGCGAAAUAUUGAUAAAGAUCCCCAAUUAGUCACCAUGGACUCUCCCUCUGUUACUUCUUUGCUUGAUCAGUUUCAAGAUUUGAAGCGAAUUAAUGAUGAUACACCGCUUUCACCACACACAGCAUCUGCUCUAACUAUGAAUAGCUCAAAUUUGGAGCAUUUUCGACAAUUACUAAAGCUAGACACCUAUGAGGUUAACGAUUUGCUAGAAAUAUUUGCUGAGGCUGCUCCUUCCGGUGUUCUGUCGUUUGCGGCAUUUAAGAAGUGCUUUGAUCAAAUCGUUCGAUUAGCAGGGGGACACGAGUCUCACGGAGAGCGACAAGAGGCUGAUGCCUUAAUUCGUCGCCUUUUUCAGGUGUUUGAUACAGACAACAGCAAUACUGUCGAUUUUGGUGAGCUUGCUAGUGGACUUUCAAUCUUGUCUGGAUCAAGCGUGGACGACAAAGUUCGUGCGGCUUUUCAGCUAUAUGACAUUGAUGGUGACGGAUGUAUCACGAAAGAAGAGAUGAUCAAUUAUAUGACAUCCAUUUUCAAGGUUAUGAAUGAGACGACGGGCAGCUCUGAUUUCAGAAUGGGUGUUUCACCCGAGGAACUUGCUCGAAUCACUGCAAAUCGAUGCUUCGACGAGGCAGAUCUUAACGGAGAUGACCAACUCAGCUUCGAAGAAUUUAAGAAGUGGUGUACUCCUAACACAUCAGAGCCUUUAAAACGUUCGUGA